AUGGAGUUCCUCUCCGUCCUCUCCAACCGCGACUUCCCCUACCGCUCCAUCAAGAUGCUCUCCUCCAAGCGCUCCGCUGGCAAGCACAUGACCUUCCAGGACUGGGACUAUGUCGUCGAGGAGCUCAAAGCUGAUAGCUUUGAGCGCGUAGACAUCGCUCUGUUCAGUGCGGGCGGGUCAAUAAGCAAGGAGUUCGGGUCCAUCGCCGUCGAGAAGGGGACGAUUGUGGUGGACAAUAGCUCAGCCUUCAGGAUGGUCGAAGGCAUGCCUUUGGUCAUACCCGAGGUGAAUCCUGAAGCCAUGGAGGGUGUUAGGCUCGGGACGGGAAAGGGGACUCUCAUUGCGAACCCCAAUUGCUCGACCAUCAUUUGCUUGAUGGCUGCCACACCGCUGCAUUGGAGUGCCAAGGAAGUUGUUGUUUACAUUGCGAGGGUACUGCAUUUGGUGUCUUCAAAGACAGGAAUAAAGGAGCUUUGA